AUGUCUUUCCAGCGCUCGGCCAUUCUACGGCUGGGCUUUCGCACGUGUAUCCAAGGCAUGGCCUUCGGAUGUCCCACGUCAGCCGUUUUUGGUUUCAGCUUUCUGUUUCCUUGCCCAGUGGCAGUUCUGAUUAUUUUGUUAUUUAAAUUUGUUGUGCUUGCUCCGUGCUUGCAUCGGUCGCCUGGCAUUCUGAGGCUUCAGACCGGCCUGCGAAUGCUGAAGCUAACGGUGGUGCCAUUGGCGAAGACUCUGGUGCCAUGUUCUGACCGGGCCUAUUUAGCAACGAGCGCGCCGUGGCUAUUUUUUGUGGCGGUCUGGCUUGUGCUGGGCUCCCACCGUGUGGCGAUCGCUGCACUUCUUUUUAGCCUUGCGGAAGUCCGGAGGAAUCGUCUGCAGCUCGGCUGGCGAAGCUAG